CCUGACUGACACAAGGGGCUGUGGGUUUGGGGUGGCCCACGAUGGCUGUGAGCGAGCCAGGAAGGUGCCACCUCGACCCGGCCACGCCGCGGCGCAGGAUUUAAGCGGGCGGCUUCCUCCGCUCUGAGCGUUCACUGUGUGAUCCCCCCCACACACACACAAGGCACUGAUAGGCACUAUUGUUAUUAAUAACAACAGAUGCGUUCUUCUUGGUGUGGUGAGAGCGAGCGUGACGCUUGCGGCCAACACGAUCCGGUGAUGUCGGCUUCUGCUCGGGCCGCGCUCAGCUGCGCGUUGGUGGCGAUCGCUCUGGGGCUCUGUGUAUGCAGUGAAGCAACUCAAAAUGAUGCUUCAUCAAGUAAAGUUUCCACUGGCCAAGCCACAGACUUGCGGAACAUUGUGAUAGUUAUCCACAGUCAAAGUAGCCAUUACAAUGCGCUGGCCGCUGGAAGACUCGAAGAGGACUUCUUACAGCAAGCGCAAAAACUUCAACAGGUUCCCCCUACCAUUGUUCUGCUGCACAAAGUGGAUGAGGUGGCAGGAGCUUGGACCAUUUUCCCAGCACUUCCCAGGCUCCUGUCCACACACGGAGGCUCAGCGACCUGGUGGUUCUUCUGCGAAGAAGAGACGAGGGUGGACUUGGAGAGGCUAAGACGGUUGUUGGGUCGCUAUGACCACAGCAAGCCGUGGUUCCUGGGCCGUGCCUUGCAUGACGUGAGCGCCACCAUAAUCCACAAUUUCGCGUUUCACGAGGACCCCACGUCCUUCCACUACCCACUCUUCUCGUCCGGAUGGGCUCUCAGCCAGCCUCUCCUCGCAAGCAUCGUGCAGAGGUGGACGCGGGAGUCACGCAGAGCGGAUUUCACCAUUGACCUCAAACAUGAAAUUGCCUUGUACAUCUGGAAUAAAGGACAAGGGACCAAGCUGACCCCCACCCCAGAAUUUUGCAUCCGUGACGCCGAGGCCCAGUCAGGAGGCACGUGUGCCACCACUGUCUACACGGACCCUCCGCAAUGCGGGGAGCCAGUGGAAGACGACAAGAUUUUCUUUGCUAUCAAGACUUGUCACAAGUUUUACAUUGACAGAGUGCCAGUGUUGAAGAGGACCUGGGGGACUUGGGCGUCUCGUCUCACGUUUUACAGCGACACGCUCGACGCAGACAUCCCCACCGUCGACUUAGGGGUGCCCAACACUGAGAGGGGUCAUUGCGCCAAGACGUUUGCGAUUUUGGAGAGAUUCAACUCCGAUCCGACGUUUGAGCGCACGCCAUGGCUUGUGAUUGCCGAUGACGACAGCCUCCUCAGUGUGCCCAGAUUGCAGAAGCUGCUCAGCUGCUAUGAUCCAACUGAGCCCGUGUACCUGGGGGAGCGCUACGGCUAUGGGCUACUGACUGGUGGUGGCUACAGCUACAUAACUGGCGGUGGCGGAAUGGUGUUCAGCCGCGAAGCAGUGAAAAAGCUGAUGGGCGGUGGCUGCAAGUGCUACAGCGAUGAUGCUCCGGAUGACAUGGUGCUGGGCAUGUGCUUCAAGAGCCUGGCAAUUCCUGCCACUCACAGCCCACAGUUCCACCAGGCACGGCCGGAGGACUAUCCGCUCGACUAUCUCACAAGCCAUUCCCCAGUCUCCUUCCACAAGCAUUGGAACACGGAUCCCUACCACAUUUACGAGCGCUGGCUGGCCGGGGAUGAUCGCACAAGCAGCGAAGGCCGCGUCAUCGGGCACAGAGAACUGUAGUGGCCGGUCACAGCCUACACUGAGAAGGCAACAGGGCUCCAUCUCGCCCAUUCACCAGAUUUCGUGGAAAAAAAAGUCCGAGAGUCUUUCGCACCUCCGAUGAGCACGGUUGGCUACGUACGGAAGAAGCUCAACAUACGUACUUGCAAGAGUGAAGGUGUCUUGAUGCUAAUAUCUUUGUUGGUGGCCUUGCUAUUUGUGGCAAUUCCACAUUCUUACGUUGGUGGCCAGUAGAUGCAUAAGAGGUGAAAUAGGAUCUGUGUCGACUGCCUACAAAGUGGUGCAUAAUUUAUUGACCUCGAAGGCAUGGUGUUAGUGACUAGUGUACUUGUUAUAAAUGUGUUAUUAAUCAUUGUUUCGUACGUAGUUAACUGACAUCAAGUGAGUGCUGAAUCUAUUGUAAUUCAUGAAACAAUAUGAAUGGACCUAGUGGGCAAGCCUGUUCCAUGGACAACUCCCCUCCCCAAUGGCUUGUAUGAUUUUCAUGGGUUCGAGUCACAUCCUGGGCUAUUAUCAAAAAUGGAAAAGUGGAUGAGCAGCACCGGCGACUUACAAGCUUAGUUAUCGAGUCGUGGGUUAACAUUGCUCGAGAUUUUGUGCUUGUUCACAUAAACCGCUUAACAUUAGGAUGCAGCUGAAACUUGCUGAAGCAGUCUCGGAAGACUUAUCUGGACAUGGGUACACAAACAAAGAUAAAUACCAUCAAAAACGUAAAUACCAUGGAUAGAUUUGCCUCUUUUAUAUAUGGGCAUCUAUGUAGGUGUGUUAUCACAGUUGAUUGCUUGUUCUAUGAAAAGUUAUGUUAUUAAGUUUUUCUUGGAUUCGUGUACGGUAACCUACACAUUGAAACAAUGCACACAGCAGACCUGGAGUCAAUUGCAAAUACAAUUGCAUCAGCAGAGCUAAUACUCGAUUUGAAGCUUUCGUGACUGCAGGAAUCCAUACUCUUUGGUUCUUUCGGUAAAGUCAGUGCUGGCUGGCCAUGUGGCCAGAAGCAGUACUUAACUCAGCUCACUUGGUUUCUCUAAUCGAAGACAUUUCACUGUCUCCAGAUGAUUUGCUUGUCAGCUUCGAUGUAGUCUCUCUGUUCACCAAGGUACCUGUACCUGACACCAUAGCAAUCAUUGAAAACUUUGUCCAAUAGAGACUGGAUCUUGAUGUACCAAAUUUGGUGAGGCACUGCCUUACCAACACUUCAUCUGGAAUGGUACAUUCUACAAACAAAAUGAAGGUACCCCUAUGGGUUCUCUCUUAUCACCAGUGGUAGCAAAUGUGUUCAUGGAGAAAUUUGAAACAGAUGCCAUCCAGACAUCCACCCUACGUCCUUCCCUGUGGAAGAGGUACGGAGAUGAUACUUUCGUCAUCUGGCCACAUGGCCAGCCAGCACUGAACCAAUUUUUUCAACCACAUCAAUUCCAUACAUCCAUCUAUCAAAUUCACCAUGGAAGUGGAAAAUGAUGGCAAGCUACCAUUCCUGGAUGAUUUGAUCGAGAAGAGGCCUCAAGGCUCGUUGGGAUAUUCUUCCUGGUUCAGCAGUUCCACUGCUGGAUUAUUUUUUCCGCCCGAGAACGACCGCUUGUGUUGCGAUCAAAACGGAGUGAUGUAUUAUUUUUUAUUUUGUUUAAUUUUUCUACCUACGUGACUUUACCGAAAGAACCAAAUAAUAGAGAUAAUACUAUUCACUUUGGCGGUUUGGAUUUAGACUUAAAAUCUAAACAAUUGCAACGGAUUACAAUUGACCCCAGGUCUGCCAGAGAAAACAAAUGAUGGUCAAUACACGUUUUGUGAUGUUAACGAAAAUGAAAAGAAAGGUUACAUCCUGGUGAGAUGAAUACAUAUCUCACCAGGAUGAUAUCAGGAAAAACGGAACAAAUAAACGGUAUCCAUGAUUUGUGCAAAACGAGCCGUGGCAGUUAGAGAUCCACUGAAGGCACUGAGGACCAUUCCUGGCGUCUUUUUUUCUAGAAUUUAUGUUGGAGCAUGACCGUAGUUAAUGGUGGAAAAACCUUUACAAACACCGUCUUGCUGUUGGUGGGCCGCUGAAUGACCCAUUAUUCGUUGUCUGUGAUCUUCGUGAGCAGUUUAUGUGCGUGUGACAAAAUGGAUAACCGGUCCGUGAUUUUUCAAAUAAAUGUUUCGUCUCUUUCGUUCAAAAGAUUGAGACGUCAUUGGACGAUUGAGUUUUUUUUUGUGUAGACAUUAAACUGACGCUUUUUUUCUUCUUUUAUGAAGUUUGUUAUUCCAUUUCCACCAGGAGCUCUGCUUCUUUGCCCACUGCAGAUAGCAGUGGUCACCUCCCAAAGGGCCACAUCUGGAACAUCGUUCUCAUGUAAAUGCUAAAUCAUGUAAACUUUUCAUAUUCACAUUGACACCAGGAUAUACUUAUUUGAUACCUUGUUUCAUGUAUGUAUAUCUCUUACCUUUGUUUUUUUUCCACUGUUUUCUUCUUUUGGGGGUUUAAAAAUAAAAUCGUCAAUUACA